AUGAAAGAGCGCAUCAUGGUCAUCGACGGCGCCAUGGGCACGGCGGUGCAAAAGUACAAGCUUCAGGAGGAAGACUUCCGCGGCGAACGGUACAAGAACCACACGCACGACCUCAAGGGGAACAACGACAUCCUCGUCAUCACGCGCCCGGACGUCGUCGAGGAGAUCCACUCCAAGUACCUCGCCGCGGGGGCGGACAUCAUCGAGACGAACACGUUCAACGCGACGAUGAUCUCCCAGGCAGACUACGAGCUCGACAAGAAGGAGGAGGUUUACCUCAUCAACAAGACCGCCGCGCAGCUCGCGAAGAAGUGCUGCGUCGCGUUCACGAAGAAGAACCCGAAGAAGCCCCGCUUCGCGGCCGGCGCGGUCGGGCCCACGAACAAGACGCUUUCCGUGUCGCCGUCCGUGGAGAACCCCGCGUUCCGCGGGUGCACGUACGACGAAAUCGUCGAGGCGUACAUGGAACAAGUCGAGGCGCUCGUCGAGGGCGGCGUCGACAUGCUCCUCGUGGAGACGAUCUUCGACACCCUGAACGCGAAGGCGGCGAUGUUCGCCAUCGACCUGUUCUUCGAGAAGUGGGGCAAGAAGAUCCCCGUGUUCGUUUCCGGCACCAUCGUCGACAACUCCGGGCGCACGCUGUCCGGCCAGACGAACGAGGCGUUCUGGAACUCCAUGUCUCACUCCAAGCCGAUCGCGAUCGGGCUGAACUGCGCCCUCGGCGCGAAGGACAUGGUGCCGUACAUCGAGAACCUGAGCAAGGCUGCGGACUGCUGGGUGUUCUGCUACCCCAACGCCGGGCUUCCCAACGCGAUGGGCGGGUACGACCAGAAGGGCCCGGAGAUGGCGGAGGACUGCCGCGUGUUCCCGGAGAUGAACCUCAUCAACGCCAUCGGCGGGUGCUGCGGCACCACGGACGAGCACAUCGGGUGCUUGGCCGAGAUGGUGUCGAAGUUCAAGCCCAGAGAGAAGCACGGCGUCAAGGACAUCAUGCGACUCUCCGGUCUUCAGCCGUUCAACUACGACCCAGAUGACGAGAAGAAUUGCAGGAAGACGUUCAUCAACCUCGGCGAGCGGUGCAACGUCGCAGGGUCUUCGAUCUUCAAGAAGGCCAUCGUCGACGGCAACUACGAGAAGGCGCUCGCCAUCGCGCUCAAGCAGGUGGAGAACGGCGCGCACGUGAUCGAUGUCAACAUGGACGACGGUCUCAUCGACGGCGAGUCCGCGAUGAUUCGGUUUGUGAACCUGAUGGUGUCCGAGCCGGACGUGUCCAAGGUGCCGUUCAUGAUCGACUCGUCGAAGUUCCACGUCGUCGAGGCGGGGCUAAAGUGCUCCCAGGGCAAGUGCAUCAUGAACUCCAUCUCCCUCAAGGGUGGCCAAGAGGAGUUCCUGAAGCACGCCAGGACGGUGAAGCGCCACGGCGCCGCCGUCGUCGUGAUGGCGUUCGACGAGGAAGGCCAAGCUGCGACGGAGUCUGAGAAGGUGCGCAUCUGCAUGCGCGCGUACAAGCUGCUCGUGGAGGAGGUUGGGUUCAACCCGCAGGACAUCAUUUUCGACCCGAACAUCCUCACGAUUGGGACCGGGAUGGAGGAGCACAACAACUAUGGCGUGGACUUCAUCAACGCGACGCGCGAGAUCAAGCGUCUCUGCCCCGGCUCGAAAAUUUCCGGCGGCGUCUCGAAUCUCGCGUUCUCCUUCCGCGGGAAUGAGCCCGUGCGCCGCGCGUUCCACUCCGCGUUCUUGUACCACGCGUGCAAGGCGGGCAUGGACAUGGGCAUCGUCAACGCCGCGCAGGUCGAAGAGGACGUCUACGAGAAGAUCGACAAGGAGCUUCUCGAAUACGUCGAGGAUGUGCUGCUGAACAAAUGCAGCAAUGCGACGGAGCGCAUGCUCGAGAACCAACCCGUCGGCAAGCGCCUGGAGCACGCGCUCGUGAAGGGCAUCGACGAGUUUUGCAUCGCCGACACGGAGGAGUGCCGCGUCGGCGGCGACUACCCGGGGCCGCUUCAGAUCAUCGAAGGCCCGCUCAUGGACGGCAUGAACGUCGUCGGCGACUUGUUCGGCGCCGGGAAAAUGUUCCUUCCGCAGGUCAUCAAGUCCGCGCGCGUGAUGAAGAAGUCUGUCGGUCACCUCAUUCCGUUCAUGGAGGAGGAGAGGCUCGCGAACGGCGGCACAGGCGAGGCGGCGAACGCGGGCGUGUUCCUCAUCGCGACGGUCAAGGGCGACGUCCACGACAUCGGCAAGAACAUCGUUGCCGUCGUGCUCGGGUGCAACAACUUCAAGGUGAUCGACAUCGGCGUCAUGUGCCCGAAGGAUAAGAUCAUCGCCGCGCUGAAGGAUAACAACGCGGACAUCUGCGGCCUCUCCGGGCUCAUCACCCCGUCCUUGGACGAGAUGGUGGACAUGGCAAAGGCGAUGGAGGCGGAGGGGAUGAAAAUUCCUCUGCUCAUCGGCGGCGCGACGACGAGUAAGAUGCACACCGCGGUGAAGCUCGCGCCCAACUACAGCGGCGGCGUCGUGCACGUCCUCGACGCUUCUCGCGCGGUUCCAGUCGCGCAGACGCUGAUGGACAUGAACAAACGCGGGGAGUUCCUCGAGGACAUUCUCGACACGUACGCGGAGAUGCGCGAGGAAUUCUACGCCGGCUUGGAGGACCGUCGGUACCUCACAAUUUCGCAGGCGAGGGCGACCGCGGAGAAGGCGGCGGUGGAUUUCUCCUCCCCGGAGCACCUCCCCGUGACCCCGAAGUUCUGCGGCGUGAAAGCGCUCGUGGACGUUCCGAUCGCGGACGUGAUCGAUUACGUCGACUGGAACCCGUUUUUCCAGGUUUGGCAGCUCCGCGGGCGGUAUCCGAAUCGCGGGUACCCGAAGAUUUUUAACGACGAAACCGUCGGCGCGGAGGCGAAGAAACUGUUCGAAGAAGCGAACGCGAUGCUGAAGAUGAUCAUGGAGAAGAAGCGCCUGAAACUCAACGGCAUCAUCGGUUUCUACCCCGCGAACUCCGUCGGGGACGACAUCGAGUUGUACGCGGAUGAAAACAGAGGCGAAAAGACGCACACGUUCCACACGCUGCGUCAGCAAGCGGAGAAGGACGUGGACGAACCGUACAUGGCGCUGAGCGAUUUCAUCGCGCCGAAAGAGAGUGGCGUGAAGGACUACCUCGGGAUGUUCGUCGCGACCGCGGGGAUCGGGUUGGACGAACUCACCGCGGAGUACAAAGCCGCGAACGACGACUACUCGUACAUCAUGGCGGAGGCGCUUGCGGAUCGCCUCGCGGAGGCGUUCGCGGAGCUCAUGCACGAGCAAGUGCGGAAGGACCACUGGGGGUACGCGAAGGACGAGAAGUUCGACGCGAGCGAUCUUCUGAAGGUGAAGUAUCAGGGCAUCCGCCCCGCGCCCGGGUACCCGUCGCAACCGGAUCACACGGAGAAGGCGACGAUGUGGGAUCUCAUGAACGUCAAGGAGGAAAUUUCCGUCGAGCUCACGGAAUCGUUCGCGAUGCUUCCGUCCGCGUCGGUGUCCGGGUUGUACUUCGCGGGGAAGAGCUCGCAGUAUUUCAACGUCGGGAAGAUCACCGCGGACCAGGUACAGGAGUACGCGGACCGCAAGAAGCAGGAUUACAAGGUUGCGGAGAAGUGGCUGUCGCCCAUUCUCUCUUACGAGCCGUGAUGAGGCGGACGACGAUCGAUCGCGCGACGGCGGCGGUGCCCCCGGGUUCGGGGUCACGCAGGGACGCUGCCGUCUUUCAUUCUUUAAUACCACAUACACAUACGCGUUUUGUU